UAACUCUUUCAUUCAAUCAUAUGCCUCUUGAUUUACAGUUGUUUGCGAAUUAGGGUUUCCGAUCGUUCAAUAGGGCAGCCAUGGGAGGAGGCAACGGCCAAAAAGCCAAGAUGGCACGUGAGAAGAACUUGGAGAAACAAAAAGCCUCCGGCAAAGGAAGUCAAUUGGAUUCGAACAAGAAAGCGAUGACGAUCCAGUGCAAGGUGUGCAUGCAGACAUUCAUGUGCACAACUUCAGAGGUGAAGUGCAGAGAACAUGCUGAAGCAAAGCACCCUAAAAGUGAUGUUAAUGUUUGCUUCCCUCAUCUUAAGAAGUGAUGGAGUUGGAAAAUAC